CCUCCUUCUUACCACUCACAUGUUCACGGUCUAGGCUGAGGGUUCGUGUCUGCAGUUUUAAAAGGAAAGACUGCUGUCAACCGCGGACAAGAGCGCUGGGAGAGACGGCUGGAAGCAGUUGAAGGAGGAGGAGACCGGGUGGUUAUUACCUUUCAUUGAUUUCAGGAGUUUUCUCUCGUCAUUGACGUGUGGCUGAUUUGGAAACGUUUAUAUAUUUGUAUUUACUUAAGAACACUUAAAUCGUGUGAAGGGGGAACAACAACUUCUGCAAAGAAAGAAACAUAAGAUUGACACCGGAGAAAGAGGAAAAUUCAAGCCAACAACCAAAUAUACCCUCUUGCACAAUUGCAGACUUGCAUGCCGAGUGAUUCCAAAGACAUGAAUUCCGUCCCUCAAUGACCGGACGCUGAGCGAUCACCCUCAAAAUCACAUCUCAGAUUUAUAGUUCUUGUGGAGUGUUUGUUUAUUUCGUUUGACUACAUAAAUAUGUUUCUGAGUUUUUGCACUCUGGUGACAUUUGUUUUGGGACUGACCCGGUGUCUGGGCUCCUACGUGCCCUGCGAGCCGUGCGACCAGAAAUCACUCUCGAUGUGUCCCCCGGUGCCCGUUGGUUGUCAGCUGGUGAAGGAGCCGGGUUGCGGCUGCUGCUUGACCUGCGCGCUGUCCGAGGGUCAGGCAUGCGGUGUCUACACCGGCCCGUGCAGUCACGGGCUCCGGUGCUUGCCGCGGAGCGGCGAGGAAAAGCCUCUUCACGCCCUCCUCCAUGGCAAAGGCGUGUGCAUGAACGAGAAAGUAUACAAACCGCUUCAUCCGGCAAAGGAGCGGGAGUCCCAGGAAGAUGCCCGUGUUGUCGAGGUAACAGAGGAUCUGCUUCCGCCAGCUAAAGUGCCACUGUUCCCAAGGGACCACAUCAACAGCAAGAAGGCCCAGGCCAUGCGCAAGGACCGCAAGAGGCAGCAAGCCAAACUCCGCACCAUGAUCUACGCGGACCACCCACCGCUCGCCUUAGACAAACAUCAGCCAGAAUUUGGUCCCUGCAGAAGAAAGCUGGAUGGCAUCAUUCAGAGGAUGAAGGACACAUCCAGAGUCAUGGCCCUCUCCCUCUACCUGCCCAACUGUGACAAGAAGGGCUUCUUCAAACGCAAGCAGUGUAAGCCGUCCCGUGGCCGCAAGCGGGGCAUCUGCUGGUGCGUGGACAAGUACGGUGUGCAGAUGCCAGGGACCGACUACAGUGGAGGAGACAUCCAGUGCCGAGACCUGGAGAGCAGCAGUAGCAACAACAAUGAGUGAGACCGCGUGGGGGUAGGCACUUCCUGUCACAUGACCCCCCCCGAGAAGGCCACAACCACCAAUCAUGUCUCAUCAUAAAUGUGCAGAAACCUUUUGUAAGAAUAUUAGACCGUAUGGCCAGAAUUUGAUUGUCUGCUUAGAGUUUCUUUUUUUUUUCAGUCCUGAGAAUAUAUUAACACACAGGAGUUUCACUGUGUUUUGAACAUACUUAUUCUAAUGGUGAGACUUGUUUAAGACCACCUAAAUCAUGUCCACCGCUAGCCACACUGAAGAUGGGUGCCAGAAGUGAGAAGAAUUCCUUUUUGGCUUUAUUCUGUGUGUGACUUGUAUGUGUCCAUGUUAGUCUUUGUCUAAGCACUUAAAAUGACUUUUUCCAGGUUCAUUUCCUCUUCAUUGUAUCAAAUUUGUUGAAAUGUUCAGUACAAAUACCCAUUAAAUAGUGAAUCUAUCAAACAGAAAUAUCUUCUGGCAACCAAUUGCCUUUGACAAGAAAAGGUGUAGUCAGUUGACUUGCCUUUGUAAGCUAGCUUUUGUAAAAUACUACAGCCUCAGCUUGAAAAGUACUGUUUUGUAUGUGAUGCCAUUGACUAGGGAAGCUCUCAGACCACUAUCAUUGCAGUAUCGACACUUGAGUACUGCCAGACACUUUGGGAAAUUAGUUCCCCCCCCCCCCCCCCAUUUGAUUGUUUGUUUUUUUCUGUUGAAUUAUAGACUCUGCUUGAUCAUUGUAGUAAAAAAUCCUUAGGACUUUUAAUUCAAAGAAUAAUGGUGCUUAAAAAAUCACAAUAUGAACCUGUAAGCUAUGACUUGUGCAAAUCCAGACAAAACUCCCCCCCCUCCCCCUCUUGCACAGAAGAGGUCCUCGUCAUUUGAAUACAAGAUGGUUGUCUUGUACCCACACUCUGGCUUCCUAUGUAAAUCUCAGUGCCUUUCUUCCAUGACAUGAGCGAUUUCAAUACUGAUUUACAUUGAAGCUGCAGAGGUAGACAUACCCACAGAACAUCACCACACCCAACUGCUAUUAGGAAAUGGUUCUUUGGGAUUCGUGUCAAAGGGCCAUAUUCCUGAGGUCCACUGGACAAGUGGAUGACAAUAUCAUGUUUUCUUGAUGCUUUAGAUAUGAGGGCAGCCAAGAGAUUUUUAUUGCGUUGUGCUGAAACUUGGAUCCACGUAGGGUCCAUAGGUCGAAUGCUACACGACGGCACUACUCUGUAUGGCUCUAAGUUUGAUGCAGGUUGGGAAGACACAUGUUCCAUCGCCUUAAUGUCUUCCCUUGAAUAAUGACAACUUUGUGUGGAAGCAAGCAAACAAUCGCUGUUUCAAAAACACACGGUCAUACUGCUUGGGAAUCCCCUCCAAAGCUCUCCCCUGCCAACGCUGAAUCAGUUGAUGAAACUGACGACUCCACUUAAUGUGAAGGAAGUGAGGACACGCCUCAGGCUUUGGGGUACUGUCAUGUCAGAAUGGCAGCCUUUCUCUCGUGGUGGUGUGCUCGUGGCCCCAUUGUUAAUCUUCUGCAUCUUCCACUGCUAAAUAAACCAAACAAUAGUUUGGAAUAGGCUAAACUAAUAGCUCAACUGAAGAUGAUUUAAGUGUCACGGUGACAUCAGGCAACCACCAACUUGCUCGCAAGCAGGACAUAAUACGUUCCUAGCACCAGCAUUCACAUCUAUUCUUACUAUAGGAACUUGUCGCAUAGAUGGAUAGUAAGCAGCCUACGUGUUUUAUAACUUGGAAUUGACCCCAUGACCUUGGUGUUUGUAGCAUCUAGCUAAGCCAAUGUAGCCACAGGAACCCACCACCAGUUGAAGGCAUAGACUGAGUGGCUCUGACAGGGGUCUUCUGGCUGACAGAGAGCUGACAUCACUUUUGAAGCUCCUCCCUACAACAGGACUGCAAUAAUUCACCAGUCCCAGUAGUCACCUGGCGGUUGCUAGCGGUUACAGAGCUUUUCUGGACCGCAGUGGCAGACAACGAUGCAACUCCGGCCGGGUGAGUGUAGGGAGAGAGUGCAGGUAGAGGAGGAAGCAUCAAAAACGUGACCCCCCCCCAUCC